AUGCAAACCUCGAUUGCGCCCAACUCGAAGACCGACCAUGAUGUUUCCAAUCAUGAAAUUCACCCUCUCCAAUCCAUUCCCACAGAACAAGACGGGCCAUGGCUACGAUUCCUAACAAAAGCCAAAUGGUACCCAGCAGACAUGCCACACGCAGAAAAGAAACUCAUCCUGAAACUCGACUUCCAAAUCCUAGUCUUCGGCUGCAUGAAAGAAGACCUAAACCUCCAAGGCAACGCGAUAAACUACAUAACAGCCGUAUUCUGGGCCUCGUACUGCACAUCCAUGAUACCAGCCUGUUACUGGUUGACGCGCACGCGGAUCAACAUCGCACUGCCGAGUCUGGAGGUAGGAUGGGGGCUAUUCACGUUUGGGUGUGCGUGGGCGCGCAAUCUGGAGACGCUAUACGCAAUGCGGUUCUUUAUUGGAAUUUGCGAAUCUUGUUCUUUCACGGGUGUUAUUUACGUUAUUGGGUCGUGGUAUAAGCCUGGCGAGGUGACGCGGCGGGUCGCGCUUUUCUUUGUUGCUUCGCCUCUCGGGACGAUGUUUGCUGGGUACUUGCAGGCAGCGGCGUAUACGAAUCUGGAAGGGAAGCAUGGGUUGGCUGGGUGGAGCGGAUACUUCGUCUUUCCUGAUGUCCCGCAUCGCUCAAAGCCACGGUAUCUCACUGCGACCGAGCAUGAGAUUGCCAACACCCGCCUGAAAGGCCUGACGGCGCCGAGUGAGCUCAAGGUGUCGCGAGCGAUCUUUAAACGCGUCUUCGGGCGCUGGCAUUGGUAUGUCUUCGUUGUACACUGGAUACUCAUGGACCAAAACUUCACGCCAUAUUCGACGCCUUUCAGUCUGUACCUCAAGGCAAACCCGGAGAUUUAUUCAGUCUCGCGAGUGAACACGCUGCCGACAAUCGCAACGGCGAUAUCAGUGGUUGCUGCACUGGCCGCAGGCAUCACUGCGGAUCGUUUGCACAACUUCUGGAUUCCGUCCGUAGUGACCAGCAUACCCGUCUUGAUUGGGGUGAUAUUACUCGUUGUCUACAACGUUGGAGAGACGGGACGGCUAGUGGGGUUCAUUCUCACUGGAUUCGAAGGAGCGAUCAGUCCACUCACAAUGAGCUGGGCCACUGUCACCAUGGCUAAUGAUGCCGAGGAACGAGCGAUCGUCACCGCAAGCAUGAAUGCUAUUGGACAAGCGAUGGCGGCCUGGACUCAGAUAUUCCAGUAUCCGGCUACAGCUGCACCGUAUUUUCGCGCUGGCUUUAUCUCUAACCUGAUUACCACGAUCGGGCAAUUUCUCAGUGUUGGCCUGAUCGCGUUCCUGGUGAGGCGCGACAAGCGGAAAGGAUUAAGUGGAGCCGGGUCUGCAGAGAACUUUAUAUGA